AAAGGAAGUUCAACUGACGUACACAAUACCGGAAGAUUUUCAAAUGGUUCAAAACGGUGCUUUGCUUCCGCUUUGCCGCUUCGUUAACAGAAUGGAAGGCCAUCUAUGUUUGGUUUGGUUGAUAUCCACGUUUUUGCUUGGCAGUUAUACUCUUCAAGCUACAUCAUCAUGCCCAAGAAGGUCAGAAACAGAUGGUCGAUGUAGAAAACCUUGCCGUGCUGACAGCGAAUGUAGCUCAAAGAAGACUUGUCUGUGUGACGGGCCAUGCGGGAUGAGUUGCCUCAAAAGAGGCCAAAAAUGUCGCAGUGACUACUACGAAACUCCUGCUAAUGGAAAACGAACUGUCAAUGGGAAUACAUUGGGUGAUACUGUUGUCUACAGUUGCAAAACCGGAUAUACACUUUUUGGAACGAGUGUACUGACAUGCAGUGGCAUUCGUAAGUGGAAACCAUGGGACCAAGGAGAGCCAAAAUGCAAAAGGGUGUGUGCCAAUCCUGGUGAUCCAAGAAACGGAAGAACAAGUGGGGACGACUUUGAAGUUGGACAGCGGGUCAGGUUUCGGUGUAACCCUGGCUACGUAUUGCACGGUAGAUCGUCUGCAACAUGCCGUCGCAAUUUGAGGUGGAGUCACUCUCCACCACAGUGCAAAGUGAUUGGUUGCGCAUCACCUAAGCUUCCACAGAAUGCCGUUAUCAGAAGGAACAAAAAAGACAGUUACACGUAUGGGGAUCGAGUUUAUCUUGCUUGCAGUAGAGGAUAUGGCGCCUUUGGGUCUUCUUACAUCGACUGUUUGGGGAAUGGAUGGUCGAGAGCAAAACUUCAGUGCAGGCCAAAAAGCUGUGGAUCCCCGGGUCAACUUACAAAUGGUCGUGUGAUAGCAAGUUAUUACACGUAUGGUAAUGAGAUAACAUACGAAUGUAAGAAAGGUUUUAGAUUAAGAGGGUUAUCAACAAGAACUUGCUUGAGUAAUCAAAGGUGGAGUGGCAGCAGACCAAUUUGUGAAGCCAAACUUUGUGGAGCAUCGCCACAUUUGCAAAAUGGACAGUUUGAAGGAUUUUCGACGGCAUAUGGAGCAAAGAAAAGUGCUAGGUGUAAGGACGGCUAUAUGGUGCAAGGUAGCAGUCAAAUCAUAUGCAAUGGUGACAACUGGGAAUAUGACGGAGCGAUAUCAAAAUGUGUUGUGAUAACGUGCAAUUCUUUUGUGAUUGCUGACGGUAAAGUUAUCCCUGAUAAGCAAGGAAGUUUUUUGCCCGGCGAACGUGCCUCGGUUGAUUGUGAUGAUGGGUAUGUGAUAAAUGGAAGGAGGUCUUUGGAAUGCAAAGGCGAUGGAAGAUGGUCACAUGAUCAACCAGUGUGUUUACAGAAGACGUGUAUAAAACCACGUGAACCUCGAAAUGGCAGAAUCAUUGAAAAAGUAUAUUAUAUUGGCGACAAAGCAGAAAUCGUUUGCUCUAAAGGCUAUUAUUUAAACGGCGAAAAUCAGAAGUGUGGACAACAUGGUUGGAUUGGCUCUGCGCCUACAUGCAAAGUGAAAAGCUGCCCCUAUCCAGAAAGUAUUCUAAACGGUUACGUUACGAGAAAAGAUUUAACAUAUGGUGGCAAGGUAUCAUAUCAGUGUGAAAAUGGUUUUCAAUUAAAAGGGCCUAGCGAGAGAAAAUGCUUGAGUAGUGCAAGAUGGAGUGGUGACGAGCCAAUUUGUGAAGAGAUACAAAUGGAUGAGAAGAUUAAGAUCCGUUAUGUUGGGUGUUUCAGAGACGAGGCACAACGUGCAUUACCCGAUGAAAGAGAUUUGAAUGUUUAUUCGUUAAAUUCUGGCGAGACGUUCAUCUCGAAGUGCAUUGAAAUCUGUAAAAAAAAGGGUUCCCCAUAUGCUGGUCUUCAGUUUCGAAGGGAGUGUAACUGCGGUGACAAUUACAACCGGUACGGUAGAGCUCAGGAAUCUGAUUGCAGAGAACUAUGCUCAGAUGGAAAAGGGAAAUGUGGAGGCUCGUGGAGAAAUUCUGUCUACAAAACUGGUUGCGUCCAGCCAGAUCAUCCAGAAAAUGGCAAGGGCAUACCUCGAUUGGACUACAAAAGUGGCGAUGAUGCUGAUUAUUCAUGCAAUGAUAACUUCAAAUUGAAAGGAAAAAGACAAGUUUGCUCUGGAUUAGAUUGGUCCGGUGAAGUCCCAAAAUGCAAAGAAAUUCGAACUUGUCCGAAGAAAUUUACCAACUCCAAGUUGUAUAUAACGGCCGAGAAAUAUACACCCGGAUCUUAUGGUAUCUUUCGAUGCAAAGAUGGAUUUGAAUUAGAAGGUGACAGUCGGGCAAGUUGCCACCGGAACCUAACGUGGAGUGGGAGAAGAACAUGCCGAGAAAGCUGUCGGUUACCUGUAUUUGGCAGUUCCAUCCGACAUGACAGUACAUUUGAGGUAAAAUGUCCUAGAACUGGGACUUUAAAUAAGAUAUAUCGUUGCAACAAUGGAGAAUUGGUUGCCAUAAGAGUUUUCGGAUGCCAGCAAGACUGCGAUAAACCAUCGUCAAUUGCAAAUGGAAAAGUAACAUUUAAGGGAAGCGUGGCAGAAAUUCAAUGUGGGCGCCAAUUCAAGAUUUAUGGAAAUAAUAAAUUGACCUGCCGGAAUGGAAACUGGAGCGAAGAAUGGCCUAAAUGCAUAAGCAAAAGAACAUGCAUUUCGGAUUUUUCCCAGCCGCUUUCUACGGUGACGAAGCUUGUCCGUCAUCUGAACCCUCAGAUAUUUGUGUGUGCCAGUGGCUACCAGAUACAAGGGUCAGCAGUUCUGUUAUGCAAAAAUGGUCGUUUCCCAGCUACAUUGCCCACAUGUGAGCCAUCAUCUUGCAAAAGGUCUUCUACAGCUAUAUCGUUUCAAGAGUUAUGCAAGUCAAAUGAAAAUGUUUUCAUUGCUAAAGUAACAAAUUUUGGUUUCGCCGAAGCAAGACUACAAAUUACUGUCAGUUUGAAAGGAAGUCUGAUAGGCGAUACAAAUGUAACAAUGGUAACCCUUGCUGAGCCGGAAAAAUUUGGAUGUCCAACAAUGAAGAGAGGAAAUCACUACAUUUUCUUUGCAAGAAGUACUUUGAAUGAUGUCACCCGUAUUUUGCCAAUCGAUGAGGAUGGUAUGCAGAAAAAGCUAUCAUUUCUCAAAUACUUUUGUAGACCAUAAUCAACCUUGAUAGAAUGACUUUUUUAGAUAAAAUCUAAAGGGUAAAUUAAGAUAAAAUUGAUACUUAGAGUGAUGUCCUUUGAUGUUUCAACACUAAUCAAGAACUAUAAUUAAAUCAGCUAUUUGCUCUGAUUUUCACAAAAGUGAUUUUAUCAUCAUAGAUUUGCUGUAUUUUUCUCCAAA